AAAAAUAACACACACCUUCAAAGUCCUAAGAAGAAAAAAAAAGCAUUCCAAUGAGUCACUUAUUUCCACAGUCAAGGCUGAGAAGCUAUAUAAAUUUCUCCAGCCUCUGGCAAAAAACACCAAACCAACCUAAAGUCCAAGAACAACCAUCUGUGGACAGCAGCUAUGCAACUGGCUGUACUGUGUGCUGUGUGUCUGCUGCCUGGCAGCCUAGCCCUGCCGCUUCCCCGGGAGGCAGGAGGCAUGAGUGAGCAGCAGUGGGAACAGGCUCAGGGCUAUCUCAAGAAAUUUUAUCCAUCCAACUCAAAAACAAAGGAUGCUAAUAGUUUGGAAGCCAAACUCAAGCAGAUGCAAAAAUUUUUUCGCCUGCCUAUAACUGGAAUGCUAAACUCCCACAUUAUAAAAAUAAUGCAGAAGCCCAGAUGUGGAGUACCAGAUGUUGCAGAAUAUUCACUAUUCCCAAGCCAGCCAAAAUGGACUUCCAAAAUAGUCACCUACAGGAUUGUGUCAUAUACUCGAGACCUACCACAUGUCACAGUGAAUCAAUUAGUGACAAAGGCCUUAAAAAUGUGGAGCAAUGAAAUCCCAUUGAGCUUUAAGAAAGUUAGCUGGGGAAUUGCUGAUAUCAUAAUUGGCUUUGCAAGAGGAGCUCACGGGGACGCCUACCCAUUUGAUGGGCCGGGAAACACACUGGCUCAUGCCUUUGCACCUGGACCAGGCCUGGGAGGAGAUGCUCACUUUGAUGAGGAUGAACACUGGUCUGAUGGUGGCAGCAUAGGCAUUAACUUCCUAUAUGCUGCAACUCAUGAACUUGGCCAUUCUUUAGGUCUGGCUCAUUCGUCUGAUCCUAAUGCUGUGAUGUAUCCAACCUACGGAGAACUAUAUUCCAAGGAUUUCAAACUUUCACAGGAUGAUAUCAAUGGAAUUCAGAAAUUAUACGGAAAGAGAAGUAACCCAGAAAAGAAUUAGAAACUUCAGGGAGAACACACAUUCAUUCACUGGAUUCUACAUAACACAACUGUUUCCUGACCAGAAUUAAUGAACAUUGUUGCUACACUUCACUAGGCACUCACUGCCUCCAUCCUUGUUUCAUGGUUGGUUUUUAUAUGUCUCUCUCCCGCUCUGGGGAUAGGAUCUUCAAUGACAUGACUGUGUCUUACUCAUCUUGACUCUCCUCAGGCAACGUGCACUUGGUGGAUGUCAAUAAAUGUUAUAUACACAUAUAAAUAAAAUUUUUAUUCCAUGGUAAAA